CCCUUUCUCAUAUUCCAAGCUGAUUGGUUAUUUGGCAGCAGCCGGCGUACGGGUCGGCGAGGGGACUUAAAGGCGGAUCAAGGACGAGGAGGAACUGUUUUUGUUGUUUUAGUGAGGGACGGUGCAGCGGCGCCGGCAGUUACGGUGGCGGUUCGAGAGCACCCGUCGAGGUGAUACCGAGGGACGGUUUAGUUCCAGGUGGCGAUUCAGGUCCUGCGGCUCACGGUGCCGAGAUGGCGGCGAGGGCCUUGGUGAGAGAGCGGGGGUUCCAGUGGGCCCGGAGAAGCUGCAGACAGCAAUGGCUUUGUGCACUGGCCUUCUUAAGAAAUGCUUCAACAGGCACUUGCAGAAUUGAGAAAAUUCUAAUUGCGAAUCGGGGUGAGAUUGCCUGCAGAGUAAUGCGGACAGCAAAGAAGUUGGGUGUUCGUUCUGUUGCUGUGUACAGUGAAGCAGACAAAAAUUCCAUGCAUGUCACAAUGGCUGACGAAGCUUACCACAUAGGACCUGCAGCCUCCCAGCAGAGCUACCUAAAUGUGGAAAAGAUAAUCCAGGUAGCUAAAACAGCAGCAGCGCAGGCCAUCCACCCAGGCUAUGGAUUCCUUUCUGAGAAUACAGAAUUUGCAGAACGAUGUAAAAAGGAGGGCAUCAUUUUUAUUGGACCUCCUUCUUCAGCCAUUCGAGAUAUGGGCAUCAAGAGCACUUCAAAAGCCAUAAUGUCAGCUGCUGGGGUGCCUGUCAUUAAGGGUUACCAUGGUGAUGAACAAUCUGAUCAACAUUUAAUGGAGGAAGCCAGUAGAAUUGGUUAUCCUGUGAUGAUAAAAGCAGUUCGUGGUGGAGGUGGCAAGGGUAUGCGCAUCGCUCAAACAAAGGCUGAUUUCCUUGAACAGCUGGAAUCUGCACGGAGGGAAGCAAGGAAGUCCUUCAAUGAUGAUGUGAUGCUGAUAGAAAAGUUUGUUGACAACCCAAGACAUGUAGAAGUACAAGUGUUUGGAGACCAGUAUGGCAAUGCUGUUUAUUUGUUUGAGAGAGACUGUUCUGUACAGAGAAGACAUCAAAAAAUUAUUGAAGAAGCACCUGGGCCUGGAAUUAGCCCUGAGGUGAGGAGAAGACUUGGCGAAGCUGCAGUCCAAGCUGCUAAAGCUGUCAAUUACGUAGGAGCUGGGACAGUGGAAUUUAUCAUGGACGCUCAGCAUAAUUUUUAUUUCAUGGAAAUGAAUACAAGAUUACAAGUGGAGCACCCAGUCACUGAGAUGAUAACAGGAACUGAUCUUGUUGAAUGGCAACUUCGGGUUGCGGCUGGAGAGGAACUUCCUUUGACACAAAAGGAACUCUCAGUUCAAGGUCAUGCAUUUGAAGCAAGAAUAUAUGCAGAAGAUCCAAAUAAUAACUUUAUGCCAGGAGCGGGGCCUUUAAUCCAUCUGUCAACACCAGUACCAGAUACUUUUACAAGAAUUGAAACUGGAGUCAGACAAGGUGAUGAAGUCUCUGUGCAUUAUGAUCCAAUGAUUGCCAAGCUGGUGGUUUGGGGUGAUGACCGUACAGUGGCACUAAAUAAAUUAAAAUAUUGCUUGCAUCAGUAUAAUAUUGUAGGCUUGAACACCAACAUAGAUUUCCUACUCAAUCUUGCUGCUCAUCCUGAAUUUGAAGCUGGAAAUGUGCAUACAGACUUUAUCCCACAACACUAUGAUGUACUGUUCCCGACAAAGAACGCAACUAGUAAAGAUGUCCUGUGCCAGGCAGCACUUGCUUUAAUACGGCAUGAAAGGAUUCAGACUAACAAGUUUAAGGCAUUUUCACAUGAUCCAUUUUCACCAUUUUCAAACAGUAGUGGCAGACGAUUGAAUGUUCUGUACAGCAGGAAUCUUGUGUUGCUUGAUGGGCAGAAUAAGGUGACUAUGGAUGUGUCAUAUAACCAUGAUGGGACUUACAGUAUUCAGGUUGAUGGAGAAGUAUUCCAUGUAUUUGGAGAACUGGAGAAGGAGGGUGAAGCUACAUACCUGAAAUGUUCAGUCAAUGGAAUGGUUUCCAAGCCUAAAGUAGUUCUUACAGACAACACUAUUCACCUGUUUUCAAUGGAAGAAUCUGUGCAAGUUAAUACCCCUGUGCCAAAGUACUUAGUUGGAAUUGAUGCCGCUGGAUCUCAGGGAGGAGCAGUUGCACCAAUGACUGGAACUAUUGAAAAGGUGUUUGUUAAGGAAGGUGAUCAUGUCAAGGCUGGAGAUGCGCUAAUGGUAAUGAUAGCCAUGAAAAUGGAGCAUACAAUAAAAGCGCCAAAGUCUGGUGUGAUCGCAAAAGUUCUCUACAAAGAGGGUUCCCAAGCUAACCGAAAUGCUGCAUUGGUAACAUUUGUGGAGGAAGAAAAUUCACAAUGAAUUCAACUCAUAUUUUAUUUGGACAACUGUGCAAAAAGACCAUGAUCUAAGAAUACCUCAUGUGACUGUUGAGUGAAUUUAGGUGCUUUUAUUACAAAUUGUUUUGAUAGCUCAGUUUUUAUAUAAUGGUAAACUGCAAUAAUAAAUGGUACUUGUACACUAAACAAAAACUGAGCUACUACUUUUGAUCAUAAAUUACUUGCUUUAGUGACUUAUGUAAUUCAAAACCUUUGGUCAGCAUGUUAGCUACCUGGGAAAUUUGUGUUACAUUUCAUUAAUACGACGGCUCACUUAAGUUCUGGAGGGAAGAGUAUUUAUCUAUAUUUAAUCACUUUUACACCAUAUUACGGGAUUUCUGACUUUCCCCAAGUGAGUUAUUUUUGUAUUAAAAUGUUACGCUAAGGAAAUUUUAAAUUCUUGCUUGGAGAAAAUGUGCACUAAAAUCUUGUGAAAUACUGAGCACGUUAGGUAGCGUCUGUCGCUAUAAACAGAAUUGAUGGUUAUGAUUUCCUUCCAUACAGAUGACAGGAAGAGGAAAUAGUCAGUUGGCACUGGUGAGUUAUCUGUCCCCUUUUCCAGCCAUUUCAGCAGUCAGAUUCUGAGCAGGAAGAUUUAUGGCCCACUUUCCCACCCCAUCAAUUAAUUUCAGUUAACAGCCAUUUAAGAUCCCCAACCAACCACUGCCCUGAUUACCAGGUGAAAAGACCAACAGAGAAACAAAGAUGGACUGCCUGCUACAUUGGCCUCCAUUUGCUCCAAGCUGGGACAUAAAUAGGGGACAUUGAGAUCACCACUGAAAACCACACCCCUAUCACAUCUUUGUCUCUAAACCCCUUUUCUGCAUAAACUCAAGGAUGUGUUACCCCUGUUUUCCAACCCAACAAGACAGCUGUUCAUAACUGUGCAUCUUGAGUCUCUGGCAACAUUCUCCAUCUCCCAAUGGUUGCCAGCCUCUGGUAGCUGCUUCUGGUGGGGAGAGUCCAAUGCAAGGAUAUUGAUAGGCUGACAAGCUUGCUGAUAUUUUUAUUCUCUCCUGGGUUCUGGAUGUGGCUGGUGGCCAGUAUUUGUUGUCCUUGAAAAGACGUUGGUGACUUCUUGAACUGCUACAGUCCAUCUGCCAUUAGGUAGAUGCAUAAUGCUGUCAGGGAGGAAAAUCCAGGAUUUUGACCCAGUGACUUUUUCUUCACCUAAGUGACUGACUUAAACUGAUAUAUAACGUGCAGCCACUGGAUGGAUGUCACACAGCUUGGAAGUUGGAGACAGUUCAGGCAGACAGCAGUUGGAAUCUGGCCCAGUUUGCUCAUGGGGAGGCACUCGUUUGGUCUACCUUGUGUUAGUAAUAGCUAAAAUGCUUAAGAGUUCAUGUAACCUGUAUAUAGUUACAGGGAUGUAAUAAACUGCAUCUUGUUAUCAAAGACAUUAACGUCUUUUGCUGAGAUUUAUUCAUGAUUCAUCCUUAAUGGCCUACUAGAGAGUCCCAACACUUGCAUGGAAGAAAGCCUGGUAGCAGCAUUUUACCCCAGUCACAAGUGCUUGGUCCCCACACUUUCUCAUCACUAUUAUAAAAGUUGAUGGGAGUGAAGCGUGUAGUUAGUGACCACUGAAGACAUCUGCUCCUGUAGAGAACAGUAGUUCUUGGUUGGGUCUCUAAUCUUUAAUGAACCAGUUCUCAUGAAAGUUUAUUGACCUAAGGUGUUAAGGCUUUGCUUUUCUCUCUAGAUGCUGCCUAAAAAAUCCAGCAUUUUCUACUUUUAUUUCAGAUUUCCAGCAUUUUCAGUAUUUUGUUGGAGAUACUGUUUCCAAGAUAUUAUUUUGUUUUGGGGCAUUUGAGGUCCUUUACAUCUCACUGCAUACAUAGACAGUAAACUGUUAGUAUGGACAUUUCGUUCCCUUAGCUUGUUACCAAAGCAGUGAAAAUAAAAAUUACUUUUAAUGAGUCAUGUUAUCAUUAGAAGUGAAUUAUGUUUCUUUUCGUGUGACAGAAUCCAGUACUCCUCUAGGGGCUGCAAUUUGCAUCAGCAGCUGCUUUUGACAAAAUCUGUGGUAAACCAUCUUGAGAAGGGGACAUAUGCAGGACUCACCUGCAGUCACCAAAAGCAGCUGAAUCAGUGCUAUCAUGAUGCCAUUUGGACCACAGAGGUCCAUUGUAUAGAUUGAUAGUACUCGCCAAAGAUCUGGCAUUCAGCUGCAACACUGAUGUUACUGAAAGAGACAGGAUCCCAAAUUGCAGGCAUGGUAUAUUUGAAGAACCUCUGAAAAAGUCUGGAUCAGCUGGGAGUGUUUUGGACCUGUUCUGUCAAGUCAGAAGGAGAGAAUAGUAACAGACAAAUAAAAAGUGGCCAUUCAGCCAAUCAUACCUGUGCCAGCUGCCAACUCAUUGCAUUCUGUUAUCUUUUUGCACAGCCUCAAAUUUAUUUAUUCCUUUUUUGGGUGCUUAUCCAACAUCUUUUUGAAAGCCACAACUGAAUCUGCCUCCAUCACACACUCAGCGAGUGCAUUCCAGGUCUUAAACAUCCACCCUAUUUUUAAAAAAAAUUAUGUUGCUAUUUCCACAUAUCAGCAGCUCUCACACCUGGAAUCGUUCUUGUAAAUCUUUUCUGCACCUUCUCCAAACCUUUUACACAACCUUCUUUAAUAUAGUGUCCAUAAUUGAGGGCAACUGUGUUUUUAAAAUUCCUUGCUUUUGUACUCAAUGCUUCCGUUUAAUCUGCCGUGUUACUUUCAACAAUUUGUGCACAUAAAACUCAGGUCUCUGUUUCUGCAUGCCUUUAAAAUUGAAUGUUCUUUUUAUAUUGACUCUUGUUCUUCUGACAAAAAUACAUCACUUCAUAGUUCCCUGCGACAGAUCUCAUCUCUGCCCAUUCCACCUAUCUGUAGAUCUUCCUUUGAAAGUUAUCAUUGUCCCCUCAUCAUUCACAAUACUUCCAAGUUUUGCCAUCUGUAAAUUUUGAAAUUAUGCCUCUGGCAUCAAAUCAAGGUCAAUAUAUAUUGGCCAGUCAGCAGUUUUUGGGUGACUGAAUGCAAAAAAAAUCAGAAGAUGUGACAGAAGGGAAUGGGGUGGGACGUAAGAUCUCCAUGGUUACACCAUGUUCAGCUUGCUUAUCAUUUCAGAAAGCAGGAGGAGCAUAACCUGAGAGUUAAGAAAUGGCAUAAGAUAGGAAUAUGCCAUUAUCCUGAAUGUGCUCAGAUGAUAGAUGGCACAAACUUUGUCACAGUUGCCCUUUGAUCCUGAGAACAGUCCCCUCCAAAAGGGCUCAGGAGAUGCAUGUGUCCUUACUCCUCACUGUGCUGCUUCCUUUCCGCAGGAGAGCAGCAAGUAGAUGUCCUGAAGAUGUGUUCACUCAUGCCGACUAACCAUCUGAGGCUAUUAGACUCUUUAUGUCAUUGCUAUCAUUUGUUCCAGAUGCUGGGAAUUGACUCCAGCCACUUAUUCCUUAUGGCCUACUAGAAGGAGGGCCUUGAGGGAGUUUUGGCCCCACAUAGAGCGGUGAUGUAUCCCGUCCAGCAUCAUCUCCAUUUCCCCAACGCUGUAUCAAUGACCUUAGACCCAAUUAUUUGUCCUUGUGUCCAUUUUCCUUGUUUGAAAGUGUAAUGAUAGCAUUUCCUGUCAUUCAGUGUUAUUUCCUGUCAAAACAGGCACACCACCUUCAAGAAAUGAAAGCUGGCUGCAUGACAUGCUAUCGGUACAUGCUGUUCGGCUCCCUGAUAAGUUUGCGGAAAUAAGGUUAAGGCGUCAUAUCUUUGCGCUUCCCACCUUGAGUGGUAGAGACUGGUCACAUGUGACUGCAUGCUUGAUUAUCAUCAUUUUGUUUUAAGCUUUUAGCCAAAUGGGCUUUACUGCUUUCAUUGCACAGAGAGGAGCUGGAUCACUUAGUAAACUAUGUGUUCAUCUUAUUAGAUAUUCUACCAGAGAGAUUAGAAAAGUAACCUGUUGAAGCUUCUUUACCAUGUACUUUUCAACGUUAUAAUAUACAGUGUCCUAGGGAACAGCAAGAUAUAAUUUCCAUGGAAUAUUCAUUGGGGACGGUGUAGUAACUUAUUUGAUUGUCCUACAACCAAAUCCUAGAUGGAGGGAGAGUCAGAGGUCAAGGUGAUGAUUUGCAAUCCCAACAGUAUGGGAAGGUGAGGUAGUAAAGGGAGAAUAAUAUUGGACAGUCUCCUUUUUAGAAUAAUAAAGUCAACCAACUGCAGAGGAUAACUAUUUGUUCAAAGUGUAUUUUCCGGUCAGCCAAUGGGCACAAGUAGCAUUAUUUGUUGUUUUACAUACUGUGGCUUUCUAGUCUGUUCAGACACAUAAGAUACGAAAUAAAAGCAGACAUCAACAGAUCACCCAUUAUUUUAUUGAAUGGGAGAGCAGGCUUGACUGGCCAGAUGGACUAUUUCAGCUCCUAUUUCAUGUUUGUAUGUUUUCUUUGACCACAAGCUUCAUUUCACUAAAAUGCUGAUUUAUGUGCUAGUUUGGCAGAUGAGAGUUGUAGAUUUAUUUAACAGAUUGUUUUAAUGGUUGCCAUGUUUGUUAUAAGUGGAGAGCAAACAGUAAAGGUGAAAUCCUGAAAGUAAGGCAUUCCAGGGAUACAAAUAGAAAUUGCUCAGAAAAUACUGAUGUAGCAGGUAGUCAUUUAAAUGAAUGCGAUGUGGGUAUCACUGUCUAGGCCAGCAUUUUUUACACAAAUAUAGAGUCAGUUACAUUGUUAUGGAUCUGGAGCCCAUACUAGGCUAGACCAGGUAGACAUCAUAUUUCCUUCCAUAAAGUUCCAUUUUUGAACUAGGUGGGGUUUUACAGCCAUUGAGAAAUGGUUACGUGGCAGCUAUUAGGCUAGCUUUUCUUUCAGUUCAUAUUUCACCAUUCGCAAUGGUGGCAAUUAAACCCAUGUCCCCAGAAUUCUGGAUUACUAGCCCAAUAAUAUUAUCCCUGUGACACUGUCUCACUGGAGAAUACUCAGAAUUCAAUGAAGCAAAAUUUACCAGACAAUAAUUUGGAUACUAAUUUUGAAGAAGUUAUCAUAGCUCUAUUGAUAAUUAUGAAGCAGAAUUAAAUGCAAAAUCAUUCUCAGAACCAUCUUUCUCCAAGACUAAGAUGUACAUGUUUCCAUGAGAAAUUCAGUAAUAAACUAAGCCUUUUUAAUAUUGUACACCAGUAGUCAAAAUAAGUCACCAAUUUGCUUUCAAUCAGUUUUUUCACUUGGAACCAGCCUGUGAGCUAGUCAAAUAAAUCUGUAAUCUAAUGGCAAAAAUGGAACUUCAGUAUUUUAAUUUCUUCCAUUGCUUCUAGAGUAAUGCAUGAUUUCUCAACACUUUUACUUUCUUCAACUUUCAGCAACAUUACAUUUUCUGCAGUGCAAUUUAAAUAUCUUGACUGUAUAAUCCCAUGUAAUUAACUGAUUACUUCUGAACUGUAUAAAUAUCGGGCAUGUUAGGGUUUUUUAAGCAGAUUUUGUUGACACCAAUCUCAACUAUUUAAGGAUAAACUAAAGGUGUUGUCUUGCAUGCUAUUUUAGGCAUCCAUUAUCAAGCUCAAGUGUUCCAGUAUCAAGUAAAGCAGUUACAGAAUUCAACUCUUGCAGCAAACCAUCUUUGUAAGUGCCUGAUACUGUGAAAAGGUGGGAAGUCACAACAAGCCCCAAAAAGAGAUUUUUAAUUCAUCAGUCUGUGCUGUUGCUGAACAUGCAUGUCAUGAACUUUGGUUACAAUCUUAGUUCUGGUCUGCAUCUUUUACAAAAUACACACUAGCAGUGAGAAAUGGAAGACCAAUAAAGACAAUAGCACUAAACAGAUGCGGAGAACUGUGGAUGUGUCAUAAAAAGAACUGCAUGUAGGGUUCUGCGAGGGGAUAAAAGUUCAUAUUUUCAACAGCCGACAAAAAAAAAUUUUGUUUAAUCGUAACUCCUAUGGUAGAAGAAAAUGUGCAUGAGCCUAAUCAAACAGAUUGAUCAAUAAUUUUGAACAGUAAAAGACAGACUCACAUUUCAGGCAUUGAUCUUAGAAACUUUAUCUUACAAUUUGAUUCUUUGCAGUUUAUUUAUUUGAUUGUAAUCAGCCAUAAUGGGGGUAGAAAUACAGCUUUGGUUUUAUAAAAUCAAACCCUGAAAACACUUUGUAAUUUAUUAUAAUUUUGUAAACGUUUUCAGUAGAUCUUCCAAAUAUUGAUCUGAGUAUAAAAUAAAGUUUUACAUUAUUUUAGAGUUAGACUGUCAUACAGCAUGGAAACAGACCUUUCGAUCCAGCCAAUCCAUGCCGACUAUAAUCCCAAACUAACCUAGUCCCACCUGCCAGUAUUUGGCCCAUGUCCCUCCAAACAUUCCUCAUUCAUGUGCUUACAAUUACCACAUUUAAAAGACUUUUAUCGCAUCCACCACUUCCUCUGGAAAUUCAUUCCACUUACGAACCACUUUCUGUGUGAAAAAAAUUGCCCCUUGUGUCUUUUUCUAAAUCUUUCUCCUCUCAGAUAUGCACCCUGGUUUCAAAAUCUCUCACCCCGGGGAAACGAAACCUGCCAUUCACCUUACCUACAUCCCUCGUGAUUUUAUAAAUGUCCAUAAAGUCACCGCUCAACCUUCUAUGCUCCAGUGAAAACGUCCUAGUGAGUCCAGCCUCACAUAACUCAAACAGUCCACGUUUGGCAACAUUCUUGUAAAUGUCUUCUGAACCCUUUCCAGCCUAAUAAUAUCCCUCCAAUAACAGGGCAACCAGAACUGGACACAAUAUUCCAGAAGAUGCCUCAGCAAUGUUCUGUAUAACCUCAACGUAACAUCCCAACUACUAUACUUAAAGGUCUGAGCAAUGAAGGAAACCAUGCUUAAUGCCUUCUUAACCACCCUGUCUACGUGUGAUGCAAACUUUGAAAUGUACUUAAACCCCUAGGUCUGUCUAUUCUACGACAUUACCCAAGGUCCUACUUUUAAUUGUAUAGGUCUGCCUUUGUUUUACCCAAUAUAAUACCUCGCAUUUAUCCAAAUUAAACUCCAUUUGCUACUCUUUGUAACCUUAAAUAACCCUCUACACUGUUCACUAUACCACCGAUCUUUGUGUCUUCUACAAACUUACUAAACAUGCCUUCUAUAUUCUCAUCUAAAUUAUUUAUAUUAAUGACAAAUAAAUGGCCCUUGCACUGAUCCCUGUGAAACGCUGCUGGUCACUGGCCUCUAAUCUGAAAAAUAACCCUGCACCAUCGCUCUCUGUCUCCUGCCAUUAAGUCAAUUUUGUAUCCAGUUGGCAACUCACCAUGAAUCAUGUGAUCUAACUUUACUAAGUAGUCUACCAUAUGUAACCCUGUCAAAGGCCUUGCCAAACUCCUAAAUAAACAAUGUCUAUCGCUCUGCCCUCAUCAAACUUAGUUACUUCUUCAAAAAACUCAGUCAACAUUGUGAGAUAUGAUUUCCCUCACACAAAACCAUGCUGACAAUCCAUAAUCAUUCCUUGCCUCUCCAAAAGCAUAUAAAUCCUAUCUUUCAGAAUCACUUUCAACAACUUACCCACCACUGAAGUCAGACUCACAGCUCCCGGGCUUCUCCUUCCAUCCUUUCUUAAACAAAGGCACAACAUUUGCCACCCUCCAGUCGUCCAGCACCUCACUGGUAGCUAAUAGAAAUAUUUCUGCAAGGGGCCCCACAAUUUCCUCCCUCACUUCUCAUAAAGCCCUGGGAUACACUAGAUCAGAUGCCAGAGAUUUAUCCACCAUUAUAUUUUCUAAGACCUCCAGCACUUCGUCUUUUGUAACAUCAACUGUUAUCAAAGCAUCAAUAUUUGUAUCCUUGAGUUUGCUAGCUUCCAUUUCUUUCUUUUAUAGUAAAAACUGGAAAAAAAAUUAUUUAAUAUCUCUCCCAUCUACUGAGGCUCAAAACAAAGACAAACCUCUUUGAUCUUUGAGGGGACCUGUGCGCUCUAGCUGCUUUCUCGUUCUUAUUGUGUUUGUAGAAUUUCUUUGAAUUAUCCUUAAAUCUUAUUUGCCAAGGUUAUCUCGUAUCUUCUGUGUGCCUUUCAGAUCUCUCUCUUAAGAAUGUCCCAACACACUUUAUACUGUUCAAGAGAUUAAUUUGAACCCUGUUGAUUUUUUUUUGGUCUUGACUCGAGCCUCAAUAUCUUUAUUCACCCAUUUUAUUCAACAUAAAGGAUGAUAGUGAUGGGGGCUUUAUGCAAAUAGAAUAAAGGUAGCAAGGUUUUUGAUGUCUUCGUGUUUGCUGAGGUGGCUGGGACCUCAUUGGAAGAACUGAAUUUUGAAGUGAUGAAGGUUAGAUGAUGAUUUCAGUAGCAGAUAGACUAAGGUAGACCAAGUGGGUAAUGUCAUAGAGAUGAAAGUAGAUGCCCUUUUGAUAGAGGCGCUAUGUGGUUAAAAGUUCAGGCAAAGGCCGGUUAGGAAAUUUGAGUUUGCAAGCAGUGCACAUGACAUUCAUUGAGGAAGAGAGACAGCAAUAAGCCUGUCAAUCAUCUACAAGGCACAAGUCAGGAAUGUGAAGGAAUAUUCCCCACCUGCCUGGAUGAGUGCAACUCCAACAAUACUCAAGAAACUCGACACCAUCCAGGACGAAGGAGCCCACUUGAUUGUUUAUUCAUCUACAAGCAUUUGCUCCCUUCAUCACCGAUGCUCAGUAGUAGCACUGUAUACUGUCUACAAGAUGCACUGCAACAUCCAAACUCAUAGCCACUACCAUCAAGAAGGACAAAUGCUGCAAAUACAUAGAGAUGAAUUUCCAUUUUUGGCUAAAUGCAAGUUGUUUUGAUUUUUUUGAGAGAUUCUCACCAUGAGGCCCAAUGAGAUUCCUUGUUGCAUCUUAUCAAACAUACCACAUGAACUACUUAUGUCGCCCCUGUAACAGCCCUCUCAUCCCAUUCUCCCCCAUUUUGUCAUGUGCCAUUGCCAAAAUAACUGGACCUGGCAAAGAGAUGUUGGCACCCCACUUUGCAGGCAGAGUACCUUUUCUUCCCUCAAGACCAGCAGUGGAGGCCACAAUACUAAACCCUGCCAGUCUGGCACAAGGUUACCACCAGGAUCAGUAGAGCUUCAGCCACCUGGGGGAAUAUCCAGCACUGUAGGAAGUAACUUAACGACAUUCUCUGCUCUGCCACCAUCUUCUUGUUGAUAUCUUACACUCAUUCUAUCUUUGCUACUGCACCCAUCUCCAACCAAAGCUCAUUCUCUACCAUUUUUACUUUCACAUGCAAAAUCUUUCUUACUUGCUCUCACCCAUCCCAACCCUCCACACCACUAACUCCACUUGCCCUUUAUACUACCUAGUUACUUUUGUGAAAGAUUGCCCCACCUACAUCAAAAGUAACAGCAGUGUCAAUCACUUUCAUCUCCUAUAAUACGUCUCUCAUUCCAAGAGGAAAAUAAUUUAAUAUGAUCGGCAGGCUGCCCAACAUUUAGUUCCUCACUUCUUAUGCGGAGAACAUCCUUAUUCUGACUGUUCCAAGCAACUGACUGACCAUGUACAAGCCACUGGACUAGUAUCAGAAGCUGCCCUUGUCUUACAUUGCAAGGAACCGCUGUCUAAAUACUAUUUCUCUUGACUUUAGUGAUGACUGCUGACAACCACAACAAGUUUCCUAACCAUGUGUCUGCACAAAAUUGCAAGAUUGUAUGGUAGGGAUGCUGCAAGAAUUCAGGUAGGUUCAGGGUGAGUGAGCAGUAUGGCAGCAAGUGAAGGGCCCAGAGAUGCGCCCUGGACAAGUCCAUGAGCUGCAGGUGGGUUUCUGAGCACACAGUGUCCUUGUUUCAGCAUUACAUGAUAGUUAUUGGUGCAGCAUUGAAGUUCAGAAGCAUCCUGUAAGUGGAUCAAAGAUGUGCCAAGAGGGUUCUUAGAGGGUAGCACAUGUUGGAUGCCAACAUCUAUGGACCAAAGAUGCACGUGGCCUGUAUCCAUGUUGAAUGCCCUAAGAUGUUGGUGCCUAGAAUCCAAUGUGGUGGUCCUUUGGAACAAGAAGUGAGUUGAAAUCACAGUUACCCAUUUGGAAUUGUCAGGAAUUUUCAAUGUCUAACUUGUUCAGUGCAUUUGGUCAGAUGUGAAGUUAAACAUUAAUAAGUUCAGAUAUGGUGUUAAUAUGGCAUUUAACAAGCUGUAAUUCUGCUUUAUUGGCAAUAUGCUACUGUCUAGUGAAAAACAUGUCUCACCACUCAGCAAAUGCAUAAAAGAUGCAAAAAGAAACAUUUCAUUGGGCUUCUUGUUCAAAUCUGCCACAAAUCUCACCUUAGCUCAUGUUGCUCAGACCUCUAUAAGUUUCAAUCAACUCAAACACCAUUACCACCUCAAGUUCCUCUCCAAGCCACUUGCCAUCCUAGAUUAGAAAUGUAUUGCUGUUCUGUCACUGUCACUGUAAAUCCCUCCCUAACAGCACCAAAUGGACUAUAGCAGUUCAAAACGCAGCUCACCAUUACCUUCGCAAGAGCAGUUUGGGAUGAGCAACAGAUGUGGGUCUUUCCAGCGAUGCCCAUAUCCCAUGAGUGAAUAAAAAAACAGUCUUGAAUUGACUGCAUCAGGAUUUAAGUGUGGAAUAAUCUGUGACUGACCACAGUAUAAAAAAAGACAACUAUUAUACCUUAGAAUUUAAUAAAUACAAGCAGAGAAGGCUGUUGGCUUUGUUUAGUCAUUCAAGAAGAUCAUGAUUGAUCUGACCUUGCCCUUUUUUAAUGUCUGUGUCUCUUCCAUAUUAAGAACUAUAUUUCUUGUUAGUGGAAUGCUGAAAGUAUUUCAGCUUAUAAUUUUACAUGCUUUGUACUACUUCUUAAAUGAAGAAAGUAGUAAGCAAUUAAUAUAUUGCCACACUGUAGAUGAAAAUGGCACACGUUAAUUUCCAAAUGUAAUACAACAAAAGCCUUUUGUCCUCCAAUAGGUAUUGUAUGAGCAAUAAAACCAAAUAAUUUGUAUUUUUGUUCCAUCACAUUUUGUAGUUAAUUUCUAAAUUUGAUCAAUUUAGUAUUAAGUACAAAAAUGUUUGUCUUAAAAGGACAAUAAUUUAAUGAAAAAUGAUUUGACAAAUCACUGAUUGUAGAGGGAGUAGAAGUGUAGGAGUAAUAAUUUUUAUCUUAAUGCAAUGAGCAAAUGGCUGACUAAUUUAUCUCUUGCAGAUUUGUGACUUUGUGGCAAAUCUUUUCUUAUGAAAGCAAUGCUCUUUUAAUGGCAUCAUUGGAAUGAAGCCUGUGGCAUUCAGCUGUUAUUCAUAAAACCCGUUUAAUACAAACAAUUGAUGGUGCUUAAAAGAUAUAUUAAUACUAUUUAAAAUCUAAGAUUGAAUGUCUUGACUAGAAUACCAACUGCUCCAGAAUACUAAUUGACAUUCACAUUCAAGAAAUUAUAUCACCUUUUGUCCAAUGGUCUUCCAUAUUUAUGGAAACUCAAAGCUUGUUUGUGGUGAAGAAAAUUGUAUUGCAUCAGUGGCCUUCACAAAUACUCUACGAUUAUAUUGUGAAACCACUGAAGGGUCAGCAUAACUAUAUGCCUUGUAUUUCCAUGGUUUACUUUUGUUAUAAGAUGUGUCGCCUGGAUAAUUGUUUUGUGCUGAGGAAGUACUCUCAGUUUUGGUAGCUUGCUCAACAGCAGGAAGAUAUUCCUUUAACACUCCCUGUUUGGCUACAUGGAUGGAAUCUCUACAUUGAUCAUUUAAGUCUUUGUGUUGAUAAUCAUCUUUUAUUUCAUGCAAAUCAUUGAAUGAAACAGUCAGGAUUUCAGCAGUGAUAACAGAUUGUAGUUUUUGCUGAACUUCUUUCAGCUCUUGCUUUUCAUUUGAGUCAAUGAAUGACUCAGGGCGCUUAGUUUGUAAAAUUGUUGUUGUCUCUGCAACUUCCUUUAGUAUUUCUUGAGACUGUUCCUCUUGCACAGCUGAGUUAACUGAGUCAUUAAACUUGUCCGGAAUAUGCUUGUGCUGAUUAUCGUCAUGUUUCUUGUCUUUUGAUUUAUUUUCUGAUAGGAUGUGAGUUUUAGGAACAAUAUCAGACUCUGAUUUUUGUGGAAUUCUCUUCAGUUUUUGCUUCUUACACAAAUUAGUGAAUGACUGUGACCUCCUUGUUUGUAAG